AUGAAAUUCAACACAAUCCUCUUGCUUCUUUCCGUCUUGGCCAUUGCCAUCUGUUACUCUCAUCAAGAAAACCAAUUCAUCAAAUAUAGAUUCUACUCACAAGGUAAAUCAUGUAAUGACAACACCAAUAUCGAAUCAGUUUCUUUCGAUAAAACUAAUGUCUGUGUUCCGACAAGUGAUCCAGUCAAUUAUGGUUAUGAAAUUGCUCACUGUACUCAAAUUUCUUCAGAUAAGGUCAGAGUAAUCUAUAAAACUUCCUGCAAUACCAAUUGUUCACAUUGUUUAACUAAUGCUGAUAAUGUAAUUUCUACCAAUGAGUGUCAAGCUACUGCUCCUUAUCAUCCUUAUAGAGUGGAAUGUGGUGCCUUCAAUAUUGGUGAUUAUCCACCAAUGUUGUGGACUAUCAAGCAUUCAGUUAUUAAUGGAAAGAGUGAUUGUAAAGAUGAUUCAGUCAAGUCAAUUUCUGGAACUCCUUUGAAUACUUGUAUUUCAGUUGGAUCUGAAAGUUUUACUGUUUCUUGUAAUGGAACUUGGGCUGAAAAACGUAUUUGGGAAAAUAAUUCAUGUAAGAAUAGUUUUGAAUAUGAUGAUAGGGAAAAACUUGAAGAAUGUCUUAAAGGAAAGUUUACUUUCUGUGGAAAGAAAUAA